UGAAAUAUUGACUUAUUUUUUUAAAAGAUCAUGAAGAUGGAAGCGACGACGAUGGUAGCAACUACAGUUUUGCUGUUGAGAAAAGUGAGAUAAAUGAAAACGGAAAGACUGCUGACGUCACUUCUAAUUCAGGUAUGGAAACAAAAGCUGAUGCAAAACUUGAAGAACCUUCACCUGAAAUUAUGUCAGGUAAAGAUAACCCAGCGUAUGACUUGGACGAGAAUAUCGAUGAUGACAAAGUGAAACGGGAAAAGAAGAAAACAACGAAUAAUGCUACUGAAGACAAUAAGAGAAGAGCCAAGAGGAAAUGGAAAAAGAAGCAAAAAAAAGGCAUACAGCCUUUAGAUGACUAUGAAAAACUGCAAAAAGGCAAAGAAGACGAGCAUAUUUAUGCAGUGGAAAGAGCAAAGCGCGAAACAGAAGGCGAACAAGAUAUCACCGUCCCUGAAACACCUGGGUAUGAAAAACCCAUUAGUUUUAAAACCAAAAUAGAGAGUAAAAAUGAUGAUGAUAUACAUACAAAUGAUGACGUUGCACACGAAGAUCAUGAUGCUUCACACGAAAAUGAUGACGUUACACAAGAUAAUAAUGACGUUACACACGAAAAUUCAAUUUCUGAAGUGGAGAAACCCACUAAAGACAACAAUGAUAGUUCAGAUAAUAAUAGCGAUGUACCAAACGAAAAGUCGAAAGGCAUCAAGAAGGCAUUAGAGGAUUAUGAAGACCUGAAAAAAAUAAGCAACGACGAACAUGAUUACGAGGAAGGUGAAAUAAAGUUUCAUGAUUAUACUAACUUUAAUAACGAACAACAGAGGAGCUCAACAUUUGGUGUAUUCAGCCUCGCUUGA